AUGGCGACUGCUAUUAAAGAAAAUACACCACGCCCGCCGCCAUCGGCGCCUGCACAGCCUUCCCUGCCGUCGCCCUUCAAAUCAGCCGCCAUGUCGCUCUAUCCGCUGAACCACAGCGAGCUCUCCGCCGAGAUCGAGCGCCUCGAGUGGAACCACCACAACGUGUUUGUCCCCAUGUCGGGCAACACCGUCGUCGCACCCGAGGUCGACGCCUACUUGCAGGGCCUGGUCACGGCCCGCGCAGAUGACCCUGCCUUUACUGGCCGGCCUCCCGUGUCAGUUGCUGACAUCGGCACCGGAACCGGUGUCUGGCUCGUGGACCUGGCCAGCUCACUGCCACCAACGGCUCGCCUCGACGGAUUCGACUUCAACACGUCCAAGUUCCGUCCGGCCGCGUCCCGCCCGCCCAAUGUGCAGCUGCUCGAGGCGAACGCUACCGAGCCCUUUGCCGCUGAGCUCCAGGACAAGUACGACCUCGUGCACGUGCGCCUGCUGGUGCUUGGUCUCAAAUCGUCCGACUGGCAGCCCCUCGCCGCCAACCUGCGCACGCUGUUGCGGCCUGGCGGCUACCUGGUGUGGGAGGAGAUUGACGUCGAGCACUUUGCCGGGUUUCCGGAAGACUCGGAGCUGGCCGACGCGAUGAGGCAGAUGCUGCGUUUCUACAAGGCACGCAGCCACCAAGGCGGCAGCGCUACGUACCCCAUCGGGCUGGACACGCUGCUGACGUCCGAGAACUUUGAGGACGCCCGCCAGGACGUGUUCAAGGCGUCUGACUUCUGGGACCACCCGACGCUGUUUGGCACAACAAUGACGUCGCUGCACACCAUUGCUGCGUCGUACAUGCAGGGCAUGGUGCACACGGGCGGCUUCGAGGAUGUCCAGACCAAGGAGGACGCCGUGCGCAAGUCGGCUGCCGUCAAGGCAGCGCUGGAUGCGAAGACGGCCAAGGCAGACUUUUGGUUCUGGCGCACAACGGCCCGGAAGCCGUUGUAG